UUUAUCUUUCUUUUCUCUAAUUCAAAAAUGAAGUUUUCUGCUGCUGCUCUCCUUUCUCUUGCUGUCUCCACUGUCUACGCUCAAGUCCAAAAUGCUGGUAUUGCUGUUAACUUGCCUUCUCUCGGUCAAGUCCUUAAUGCCGGUACCUCUUUCACUAUUACCUGGACUGUUGCUACUACUGGUACUCCUUCUUCCAGCAUCAACUCCAUUGCCUUGAUGAAGGGCGGUUCUGCCAACUUGGAGACUGUUACUCCCAACAUCCUUUCUGCUGCCAUUCCUGUUAACCCCUCUUCUUACACCUGGAACAUCCCCUCUAACAUUGAAACUAAUCCUUCAUAUGUUCUUGCUUUAGCUGGCAACAAUGGUGCUACCACUUACUCUACUUACUUUACUAUCAUGGGUGCUGCUGCUGGUAGCACUAACUCUAGCGCUGCUACUACCUCUGGUAAUGUUUCCGCUGCUUCAGCCUCUGGUGGUGCUUCUGCCUCUGGUGGUGCAACCAAGGCCAGUGGCUCUGUUUCUGCUGCUUCUCCUUCUUCUACCAGUGCUGCUUCUAACCUUAAGGCUGGUUUGGCUGGUGUUGCUGGUGUUGCUGGCGCCGUUGCUCUUUUACUUUAAAUUGAUUUUACUUGAGGAAAGCUAUUCCCCCAUUUUUUUCUAUUAAUUCUGUAAAAGUCUUUCCAUGUAUUACACAUAUACUCUCUUAUAAUAGAUGAUAACUAUCAUUCAUAUUUCUAUACACUUUAUUUUUACUAAUUAAAAUCAUAUUAUUCUGUCAAUGGAGACGAGAAAGAAAGGAGGGGAAUCGUUAC